AUUUAUAUAGCUAGCCGUAGGAUCUUUCAGAGUCUAAGAUAUAAACAAAAUCCCUCCGACUAAAGCCGUUCCCGCAACCAACCCUGCCGGAGAAAAUGGAGCUCUUCCUCCUCAUUUGCCUACUCUGCCUCUUCUUCACCAUCACCAUCCUCCGCUUCCUGCUGCCAACAAAACCUCCGGCGGCGGCGGGCAAACUCCCGCCGGGCCCCACCCGGCUGCCAAUCAUCGGCAACAUCCACAACCUAGGCGCCAAGCCUCACAGAUCCCUAGCCGAUCUUGCCAAGAAACACGGGCCGUUGAUGAGCAUCAAGCUGGGCAGAAUCACCACCAUCGUCGCUUCUUCCCCAGCCGUGGCCAGGGAGAUCCUCCAAAAGCACGACAACGUCCUCUCCCACCGCCACACCGGCCUCGCCAUGGAAGUCCUCGACCUCCACAAAUUCGCCAUGCCGUUUCUCCCCCCGCAUUCCAAGUGGAGGAACCUCAGGAAAGUGUGCAACUCCUAUCUCUUCACCCCUCAGAAGCUCGACUCGUAUCAGGAGCUCCGGAGGGAGAAGGUUCUCGAGUUGUUGGAAGAUGUCCGACAGACUGCCUCCCAGAGGCCUGGAGAGGCGGUUGACGUCCGCAGGGCGGUGUUCAUGGCGACUCUGAACUCUUUGUCGUCCACCAUUCUUUCGUUUAAUCUAGGGGAUGUGGAGAGGUCAGAGACUGCCAGGAAGUUUCAGGAGGAUGUGAGUGGGAUCCUGGAGGAAGCAGGGAAGCCCAACUUGGGAGACUACUUCCCUGUGCUGGCGAGUAUGGAUUUGCAGGGGAUACAGAGGCGGAUGAAGGGACAUUUGGAGAAUGUUCUCAACUUGUUUCAAUGGGUCAUCGACGAACGGGUGAGGAAGAUCAAGUCCGAUGAGCAGUACGUCUCGCCAAACGACAUGCUCGACACGCUUCUGGCUAUUGGAGACGACGACAAUCGUGAGGGGGCUGCCGCCAUGGAUCCACUUUCCAUCAAGCACUUGUUGUUUGAUCUGUUUGUAGCAGGUACGGAUACAACUUCAAGCUCACUAGAAUGGGCAAUGACGGAACUCCUCCGCCAUCCAGACAAACUCGCCAAAGCAAGGGAAGAACUAGAUAAAAACAUUGGAAAAGGAAAUCAUUUAUGUGAAUCAGACAUCACUCGAUUACCAUAUCUACAAGCAAUAGUGAAAGAGACCUUAAGGUUACGCCCAGUAGGUUCCCUGUUAAUUCCCCGCAAAGCGAGUGAAGAUGUGGAAAUAUGUGGCUUCAUCGUGCCCAAAGGUGCACAAAUUCUGGUCAAUGUAUGGGCUAUAAGUCGGGAUCCGAUGGCAUGGGACAAUCCAAACUCAUUCGCGCCGGAAAGGUUCUUGGGUUCGACAAUCGAUGUUAGGGUGAAUGAUUUUGAGCUGCUUCCAUUUGGUGGCGGAAGAAGGGUAUGUCCUGGAAUGUCGUUGGGAUUGAGAAUGUUGCAUAUGAUGUUGGGUUCAUUGAUUCACUGGUUCAAAUGGAAACUGCCAUAUGGGGUCGCGCCAGAGAAGCUAGAUAUGGAAGAGCAGCUUGGGAUGGCUUUGCAUAAGUUCAAACCAUUGUUUGCUGUUCCGAGCCCCCGAUAAUAUCUUAUAAAAAGGAUUAAAACUGUACUCGAAAUCUAUGGUUGUUGUAAUCGUGUCAAAUUUCUUCCUGAGAAUGAGAACGAAGUCAUAAACUGCAAAUGGAUCCGGAAAAGCUUUACUCUUCCUCUUCAUGCAUCUCUUUGCCCACUCCUCGAUCGUAGUACGUACCUAGCUACCCGGCCCCUUCCUUGUUCCCAUCUCGAGUGUCAUAUAUAUAUAGUUUUUG